CCGACCGGCCCCGUGCCGCUGCGUACGGGCUGGGGUCCGGAGCGUCUCCACGGGGGGCUGGUCCUGCGCGCCUGCCUGCUGCUCACGGCGUUCUCCGUGUGCGCCCACGUCUACCUGGAGCGGGCCCGGGGUGGUGGAGCGUCGCCGGCCCCCCUGGCCGCCAGCGCGGCCCGCUCGGGACGUCCCACCCUGGCGUCCCACCCUGGGGAGGGCAGACCCGGGGCCGGGACCCCGAGGCCGGGCCGGGCCCUCAGGCGGAGGGUGUCCUACGUGCGUGACGGAGCGCCGAAGAUGAAGGACCCCUCGUUGUCCCGGGGGAUGAAGGAAGGCGGAGAAGGGCGUCCGCAGCGCCGCCCGCACAAAAAGGCUCUGCGCUGGCGUAUUGAGCUUGAGCCGUGGGCGAGCGAGCAGCAGUCCCUGGAGGACGAGGCCGGGCGGUUCCUCCACUACAUCACCACGCCGCAGGUGUCCUGUGGCUCCCUGGCCAAUGGGAAGGCAGAUGAGGGGGAGGGGUCUCUGGGGGCCUGGGCCGUCUGUCUGGAUCAGAGCUACAGCCUGUGGCACAAGGUCCACAGCAAGCACUGCAGGAUCUAUUCCCUGGGACUGGGUAUGGAGGAGCGGGCCCUGGAGGGCUUCCUGGCCCAGGCGGGCUGUGAGGUCCACUGCUUCGACCCCAGCCUGAAGCAGCCCCACCGCCAGCAGCAGCCCCGUCUGUGGCUGCACCGCCUCUCCGUGGACUGGAGGGACCCCCCCCCGGCCGCGCGGGCCCAGCGCCACCAGCACGCCAGCACCAAGAAACUGGCCGCCGUCCUCAACGACUUUGGACACAGAGAGGUGGACGUGCUGAAGGCGGACAUGGAGAGCGCCGAGUGGAAGAUCCUGGAGAACCUGGUCCUGGAGGGCGUCCUGGACCAGGUGGGCCAGCUGCUGCUGGAGGUCCACCUCCACUGGGCGGGCUUCGAGGUGGGCGGCCACGACCCUGCCGUGGUGCGCUACUGGUUCAGCCUGCUCCAGGAGCUGCACCGGGCCAGCUUCCGCCUCUUCCGUUGCCACAGCGACCCGGCCAAGCCGCACGUCUUCCUGCACAAGAACGUGCUGAACGCCAGCAGCACUUACACCCUGGGCUUCGUGAACACCCAGUGGAGACCGUGAGGAAUACUGAGCCAAAACAGACGUUGUUUGUUGGAAGUUGGAGGUACUCCAGAGGUCAAAAGGGAAAAAGUAAAGUGAGAUAAAAGGUUUCUCCGGAUAUUAACCCGAGUCUUACCCACCCAUGAGGUUUAAGUCUUGCAGCGAUUCCCAUCCCACCUUCUCCUAUAUGUCUAUGGGCCUGCAAUGACCUCAGCUGUGUCGCACUCCCUUGUUCGUAUUCAUUCCCUUGACUGCGUCGGCUCACCUGCAACCAACCACAGCAACAGUCCUAGACGGUGUGUGGGCUGAACGCAGCACCACCAAGCAGGCAUCGAGACCACACCAGCAGGCUUUGUGCCCAGAAAGAAAAGGAGCUGUAUUUGUUUGUCAUCACGUUAAGGUGGUUGUGGGCAGUCAGUAUAAACUGCAUGGAACACAGACCGGGUAAUGGAGGUACCUAAAGGGUUCCUUUAGCGCUAUCAAGUGCAUAGAUAUCCGAAUUGAGGAAAGAUCUGGGACCGCCUUGUGCAGUGAGAACAGACCGGAUGAGAGCAUGUUGUCAAUACUGUGAGGGCUGCUUUGACUUUUAUUGUUCUUCCAAGAAAUGAGUGGGAGCUGGAAUAGAACGCUGCGCUGCUGUAGCAGCUUUACAAAGAGAAAAUAAAAGACUGACAGAAAAAUGUACUUCAAUAAUGACUACGCUUAUCAUACAUUUUGGUUACCCAAUAGGAAAUGUCACUUUGGCUGCCAAUAAGCAGUUGCACCAUUCUAUCUGCCCUCUCUCUCUCUCUCUCUCUCUCUCUCUCUCUCUCUCUCUGCCAGGCCUUGUGAUCUAUAAUCUCUGUCAUUGCAGAACUUGAGUCACCAGAAUUUAUUAGAAAAUACUCCACUAGAUUGACAACGUAGGAAUAAUUUCCCAGUCCAUUAUCAUUGUUAUGCUAAUAAUUUACAGCAGUUCAAAGAGAACGAAAAGGGUUUUUUCUUUAUUUUCUUUGGGAAGGCUAUUAAGCAGCUGUCAUGGUUAAGAGGAAGAAAUAGCCACAAACGAAUUGGAGGCCAAUAAACUGUA